AUGCCCGAGAAAGAGAACAUGUCGAACUCCAACUCUUCACCGUCGACGCUGACCGGUUACCUGGAGCAGACCGCUUCGAUGCUGAGCUCUGUUGCCUCGUAUAUGAAACUCCCGGCUCUUGCCUCUACGGGCAUCGCUGCUGUCCUCACAUCCCUCCUAUACUUUAAGCAAAAGGCGUUAAUCUACCCGUCACAUAUGCCUGCCAAUUCUCGAACCGAUGUGCCUCGCCCUUCGCAGUUUGGUAUACACGACUUCGAAGAACUGGUCAUUCCUACAGACGAUGGCGAGAAGCUGUCGGCUUUCUAUUGCCGCGGCCCACGCGGUCACAAAAAUUCCAAUGUCACAAUGAUAAUGUUCCACGGAAACGCUGGCAACAUUGGCCAUCGGCUACCCAUUGCCCGCAUGAUCAUAAACACAACUGGCUGUAAUGUUUUUAUGCUUGAAUACAGAGGCUAUGGCACAUCGACGGGCGAGCCCGACGAAUCUGGCCUGAACAUCGACGCACAGACUGGUCUUGAUUACCUCCGCGAGCGGGCAGAAACUCGAGACCACCAGUAUCUGAUUUUUGGACAAAGUCUUGGUGGCGCCGUCGGCAUCAAGCUCGCUGCCAAGAACCAGAGCGGAGGCGAUGUCGCUGGUCUCAUUCUUGAGAACACGUUCCUGUCCAUGCGCAAACUAAUUCCCUCCGUCAUUCCGCCUGCCAAGUACUUGACUCUUCUCUGCCAUCAAGUCUGGCCCAGCGAAUCUGUGCUUCCCACCAUAACCAAGGUGCCCACCUUAUUCAUCAGUGGCUUGCAAGACGAAAUUGUCCCGCCGAGCCACAUGAAGCGACUGUUUGAAAUAUCUGCCGCCCCAAGCAAGAUCUGGAAACCACUGCCUGGUGGUGACCACAACUCGAGUGUUCUGGAAGAGGGUUAUUUUGAGGCGAUCAAAGAGUUCGUGAGCGAGGUCAGGAGCGAGUAUACGAGCGAGAAGCAAAGGCUGUGA